CCUCCCUUCCACUCUCUCUAAAAAAAAUAAAAUUAAAAUAAAAAAUCAAUGGAAAAAUCGCCUCGGGUGAAGAUUAACAAAACCAAAAAUCUGUAACAAAGAGGAGAUACAGUGAAAUAUCUCCCUCCCGUCAGGUUCUGCACUACCGCGGUCUCCUCUGUGGCCUGGAGAAUGAGCCAACAGUCCCUACCUUUGCAGGUUGUGGGGGGGUGAGAGGUGACGUGGGUGCCUUUCACUCGUGUACUCAUUCCACCAGCCCUAUCAGGUGCCUCCCGUAUGCCCGGCACUGGCUGGGGGUGAGGGGGGAUGAACCCAUGGGGGGGCUUCACAGCCCUGGUGUCUCGGAAAUGGAGAGAAUCAGCACCUUCCUGUUUCAGAUUCCAGAGUCUGACUCUGUGGGCCUCAGAAUGUGGGCAUUCUAAGGCUGGAAUGUGGAAUCUGGGACUGAGCACUGAGGGUGGCUUUCACCCCAAACCCUGGGUACUUGUGGGUGGUUUGAAAGCUCACGCUCCUCCCUCCUCCCUCACCCCUGCAGCCCCCACCCAGUCCAGGGUGUGGUGCUGGGCCUUUAGGUACCCUAUGGCCGUAGAUUGCUUCUGGACCCUGCCACCGGCUGCAAACUCCACCAGGCCCACAGCCUUCAUUGCCACGUACAGGCUGGGAGUGGCCGCCCACGGGGAGAGCCAGCCCUGCCUCCAGCCCACCCCAGAGGCCACCAGCUGCACCAUCCCAGAUGUCCAGAUGUUCUCCAUGGUGCCCUACAUGCUGAACGUCACCGCUGUCCACCCCGGGGGCAGCAGCAGCAGCUUCGUGACCUUUGUCCCAGAGCACAUCAUCAAACCAGACCCUCCAGAAGGCGUGCACCUGAGACCCGUCCAUGGGCAGGGGCUGAGGGUGCAGUGGGAACCUCCCAGGUCCUGGCCCUUCCCGGAGAUCUUCUCACUCAAGUACUGGAUCCGCUACAAGCGUCAUGGAGCCGCCCGCUUUCGCCAGGUGGGGCCCAUCGAAGCCACGUCCUUCACCCUCAGGGCUGUGAAGCCCCACGCCCGGUACUGCGUCCAGGUGGCCGCCCGGGACCUCACUGACUACGGGCAGUCAAGCCACUGGAGUCUCCCUGCCACGGCCUCGGGGCCGCUGGGCCAGUAGCAGGGGCUUCCCAGCACCCAGAGAGGGGCUGGUUCCUGACAUCCCCUCCCCUUACCGCUACCCACUCAGGGGUGGAUGGGACCUGACUGGCCUGGGGCUGCUGCUGAGUGGCUGGGCAACCUUGGACACGUGACUGCCUCUGACACUGAAUUUCCUAAUCUGUGAAUCGGGGAUGUACUCUCUCCUUUGACUGCAGAACUGUGAAUGUGACGUAUUAUUUAUUGUUUAAUUAGACAAGGACCGUUGUUGCUAAAAUAAAGACUCUUCCUCCCUUUGUUCAACCGACCCAGAGAGGAGUUAGGACAGAACAGAGCAGGACGCACAUACAGUGAAUCCCCACUCCGUGGACAGGGUCAGGGCUGGAGAGAGGAAGAGACCGCAGCUUGAGGAGUUGGGGUGGGUGUGGAGGGGUUCUGCCUGGGACGGGAUGGUGGGAGCCAUUCAGUUCAGCAGUUUGGUUCCCCCAUCGUCUCAAGCAAUGUGAGCCCCAGUGUGAGUGGACACAAAUGGGACAUCGUUUGUUUGGGAAGGUUUCUCUGAGGAGGGGACAAAGCAGCCAGGCCUGGAAGGAUUUUCUCAAUCCAUGGGUUUGUUUGUGGAUUUUACCUGGGUCUCAUCUCAAAGGUCACCUCCUCCAAGAAGUCUUCCCUGACCACAUCAU